CUGCUCGAAACUUUUCGGAGCCAUGGAUUCGACGUUGAAAAACGGCAUCAAUGGAUUGCUCACGGACAAACCCUUGCUGCCCAGAGUGAUUGAGUUUGUCAAAGCAUCCGGAGCAGGCAUAUCUCAGAAGAGCAAAGAUGUGGAGGAUGAACCUCCACAACCACAGUAUUCCCUGUUCUCGCGUGAACGUUUCCUGUCCCUCUUUGAGGAAGUGAGUCCCAGAAGAGUCGGACGUGGAUUGCAUAAUCUCGGCAACACGUGUUUUUUCAACAGCGUGCUGCAAGUCCUAAUGUACACUGGACCGUUGCAGAGGUUUCUGCUUUCCAAGCAGCACACGGCAGAAUGCAAAUGCAAGCGAGAGAGCACUGUUUGUACUCUCUGCUUGCUAGAGUCCCAUGCUCUCGAAGUGUUUGACAGCAACAAGGCACCAAUGAAGCCGGCGAAACUAUUGAAACAUAUGCCGCAGAUUGCCAGCAGAUUCAAAGCACACGGGCGUCAAGAGGAUGCCCAUGAGUUCUUGAUCCAUUUUCUGGAUUCGUGCCACAAAUCUCUGCUGAAGCAAGCAGCACAGCAACCAGUUCCAAGGCCAGUGCAACAGACCACUUCUAUAUGCCAGCUUUUUGGUGGAUUUUUGCGAUCUCAGGUAUUGUGUCUGAAGUGCAAACAUCCGUCGAAUACUUUCGAUCCUUUCAUGGACAUCAGCCUGGAGGUAAACAAUGCUUCAACCCUGGAAAAGGCCCUGGAUGCUUUCACGAAGAGUGAACAGCUGAGGGGUGCCAACAAAUACCAGUGCAAGAAAUGUCAACAGAAGGUUGACGCCACCAAGACGUUUUCAAUUCACACAGCACCACCAGUGCUGAGCUUUCAACUCAAGCGCUUUGACUUUCUCCACGGUUUUCGUGGUAAGCUGAAGAAGAAGGUGCAGUUUCCAGUGUCGUUGAACAUAGCCCCGUAUACCAGCCAUAAAAACAGAGAGGCAAAGUACAACCUGUACGGUCUAGUGGUGCACUGUGGGUCAUCCGCCAAAAGCGGGCACUACAUAGCAUACGCCAAGCACAAUGGCAGUUGGUACUGCUUCAAUGACCAGGACGUGAGACAAGUCAAGGAGCAACAAGUUCUACGAGAGGAGGCAUACCUGCUUUUCUACCAAGCAGCCAAGGCGCCACAGCCUCCACAGACUUCUCCAGACAUUCCAGACCUACUGGCAUCGGUGAAGCAGGCCGCCAGUGACCUAAACAAGGAGCAUCUCCUGACCAAUGGGAAGGUGCACAACGGAACAUCGCUGAAUGGGUUCAAGCACAAUGGGGAGCACCUCAAAGAAGUGAACCUGGGGUUGGAGGUGGAGAGGCCAAAAGUGAAACGUUUGCGCUUAUCUGAGAAGAAAGAGAAGAGUGAGAGCAGUGAGAAGGAGCACUCUGAGCAAUCCUCCCAAUCGGACCGAAAGAAAGAGAUUGGGCGAAUCCCAAGGUCACGAUCAAAGCCACUUCUCAAGCUCAAAUUCUACCAGGAUCGGCUUGGCACUGAGAAGCGAAAGGCUUCAGCCACAGGUGAUGACAGGUUGGCACCAUUGACUCUGCCUCCCAAAAAGCAAAAAGUGGAGCAGCAAGAUGUUGCUGAACGGGUGGCCGCCACAACAAACUAUGCCCAGCAAUAUGGCCAGGCAGAGGUGGAUCACUGGGACGAUGUGGACACACAGACAGAUUCAAAGACCUUUGAAGAGGCGCAAGAAAAGAUGCAGCCACGGGUGCAACGAAGAGACGCCCUGGAUAAAGAGUAUGAUGUAGGAAAGAAGAAGCACAAACCCAAACAAGCCAAGGCGGAAUUCAACGGAAGGUCUGUUUUCGACCAAGAGGAGCAGCGAAGGCGAGAAAAGAAAGCUGGAGGUGGAGGCAAAGGCAGCAAAGGCAAAGGAAGCAAAGGAGGUAAAGGCAAAGGAGGCAAAGGAGACAAAGGAGGCAAAGGAGGCAAAGGAGGCAAAGGAAAAAGCAAAGGAAAAGGAAAAGGCGGAAAGUCCAAAGGAAAGGGCAAGCGUUGAGGCCAGUGCUUUCAGGCAUUCGAAAGGCGCGAGGUUCUUGACUGGCAUGUGUUUGCGGAUAGUAUUUGGUGCCAUGUCAGUAAAAUCAGUUGUGU